GCGGGGGAUAACUGGAUAACUGCAUGUGGAUAACCUGGAUAGCUGGCCUAAUGUGGAAUAGGCAAUCACUCAGGCGCCAGCGUCAUAUUGACCCGUGUCUUGCCUUAUCUCUCACACCACCUCCCGUCGUCCCUCUCGCGAUACAAUAAAUUGCAUCCAUCGGCCCAUCCCAGCAUUGACAACAAUCAGUCAUCCUGUAUCGUCUGUUGCUUUGUUGGACACAAUGGCGUCGAACAAGGUGACCGUCCUCAAGUUCGUCGGCACCGUCUCCCUCGGACUCCUGACGGGAACUUCGUACACCCUUUCAAAUCUCACAGUUCCAACUCUCCUCGAGCUUCCAUCCUCCUCCACAGCCGCCAAGGCCUUCCGCUCGUUAACAUCGGCAGCCACCACCCACCUCACCGCGUUAUCGAGCAUCUCAGGCACCGCCUUCCUCCUAGCCUUUGCGAUCUCACCAGGCGGCUACAGACAUCCCUACCUCCUCUACGCUUCCGUCCUCUCCUUCGGCACCCGCCUAACUGACUAUGUAACCCCUUCCAUCUUCGGAACCCCUGCCUCGAACUCCUCCACCGCCAAACGACGAGCCGCCCUGUCCCAGGCUCGCAAGGAGAAGGCCGCUGCGCGACGUAUGGAAGCCAGCUAUGAGGUUCUGGGUGACUCACAGCACGAUGAGAGCGCGAGCAGCGAUGACGUCGUGGAUGAGGACAUCAACGGCGAGGAGGUCCGCAGCGAGGUCCAGGUUUUCGUUCAGAAUCAGCUCGUCCAGACUGCUACUGCGAGCUUAGGUCUUGCGAUAGCCGUCCUGGGCAUCUGGGGCGAUGGCGCACACCGGGUCUACGGCACAUUAUAAAACACGAUACAAGGGAAACAAGUUAAGAGUGUCGUAUAUUGCCUUGUACGACUAGGUGGUUCGCAAGCUCUUUACGUGAAUUGUAGGGCGAUAUGUUCAAUGAAAUGAACUUUGAUGCCUAUAGGAGGAAUCAUUAUGGAGCUGCUUCUAUGUGACUGGGGUCGAGAGAGAUGUUUUAGGGAUUUUUCUUUUGUUGGCGUUCUCUCCAGUGCUCACUCUUCUCCUCCCAAAUCUUGGUCACGAAUAUAUCGAGUGUUAGUAAAGAAAUACACAAACCCCCUU